GUUUUGUUAAUGCCGUGUCAUACUACCUAUUCAAAACUCUAAAUUCAUACAAACAAGACCCCUUAUUAUCAACUCAAAAAAUGGAGGUAUGACGAAGUUGCGCUAAUGAGCACCAUAUUUAAAUAUAGAUAUAUAAAUAGCCCAUAAUGUUUUUCCAUUCUAAUUUCUUAUCUGUUCUUAUUCAUUAUAUAAAAAAUGUGGGUAAUCUGGUUAUUUUUAUUCUUACAAACAGUUUUGGCUAGAAUUAUUACAACUGAUGAGAUUUAUAAAAACCUUGGAAAUGCUUCAUUUUCUGACACAUAUUACAUUACUGAGAAAGGCAGUUUGCAAUUCAUUGGAAUGGAAAGUUUACUGAUGAGUGGAAAAUUCACGAAUUAUGGAACUUUUUGGGUAACUUCGGAAGAAUCAACUGAACAAUUGGUUAUAAAUAUGAGAGAUCGUGAAAAUGUCUUUUUAAAUGGUGGUGUAUUUGAGAUUCAGGCUGGUUACGAUGUAGAAAGCCAUAUCCUAAUUGAAUAUGAAGAAUUUACCAAUACCGGAUUCAUUGCUUUGAAUAGGAAGGAAACUAGUCGUGAUACAUCUUUCACUAUCUUAGGUCACCACAAGUGGGUAAAUGAAGGGACAAUUGUAACUUAUAAUCCAGGAGUGAAACAAGCCCAAUAUGAAAUGGGACCAUUUGAUAUGACAAACAAUGGAAUGGUUGAAUUAUUUAAUCUGCAUUACAGACAAGCUACAGGACAAAUCUUUGGUGAUGGUUGUGUAUUUCUUGAAAUAAGCUCUGUUGUAGAACUCAAUGCGUUAUAUCCAGCGACAGAUCAAACAUUUGUGAUGGGGGAAGAUGCAACUAUUUUGAUUAAAGGUGCAGAUAAUUCUAAUUUUUAUAGAGUGAUGAAUUUUAGUAACGGAAAGCGAAUUGGUAUUGAAGGUAGUGUAAUUGAUAUGAAGUAUAUUCAUCGUGAUGGCCUCUUGAUAUUAAAAAGUUCCGUUAGCAUUCAAAAUUUUAUUAUAGGAUAUGACUAUAAUUCGGAAUUAUUUAGGGUAACAUUGGAUGGAUAUGUCACUUAUGAUGGUGAAAUGCCUGGGUACAUGGAUGGACAUUGCAAAGAUUUUCCAUUUGAUUAUAUUUGGCCCUCAAGCUCAGAAGGAGAAAUCCCGGAAACUACCACGGAGUUGGAAGAAGUGACCCUGGAGACUGCUGACUUUGAUACAAGUACUACCGAGGAAGAAGUUGAUACCAGCACCCAGUUUGAAUGGGAGACACUGGAAACUAGUACUGAAGCUAGCAGUGCUAGUGAAGAAUCACUAGAACAAGAAAGCACUAGUAUUACUGAAACACCAAGUCUGCAAAUAACUGAGGAUGAAACUGUUAGUAGUGGUGAUACAACUGAAGUUAAAUCUAAUUCUGCUACCUAUUCAGAUGAUGAUGAACCAGAAACUUGGGUAACAGUUGUAACGUCGACAAUUACAACAGUUUGUACUCUGUAUACAACUGAAACUAUCAACAAAGACGGCAAAACAAAAACACAUGUUGUAAUUAUUACCACAAAUACCAAGGGAGUAUGGUAUACUAAGACAGUUACUGUUGAUUGUUCUGAAAGUGUUAAAUCAUCUCAAAUUACCUUAGCCCCCAAGAAUUCGGAUGGUAAUACAAUGUUACUGGUUCUGAAGACCAGCAAACAAGAAGCAGCACCGCAUACAAGACCUACACCACUAUUAUCAAUUCAACAACUUUCUGAUGAAUAUCCAAACAAAGCCAAUUCGAUUAUAUUCAGAAUUCCACUUUUUAUACUUGCAGUAUUUGUGGUUGCUUUGGGAAUUUGACGAUGAUUCUUUAUUGUUUUAUUGCUUUUUUCAAGAGAUUCUAAUAUGAUAAUUUAAUCUAAUAGUUUUAUAUUUAAAU